AUGAAUUUUCCCCCCGCGUUGGCGCCCCGAGGGCCACCACUACCACCUUUUCACCAGCGCAGUGCUCCACACCAACACCUCGGAUCGGCACGAAACUUGGCGGCAACUUCGAUCAAGUUGUAUAAUACACCGGUGAUGUCGGAGGAAUGCUGCAGCGCAUGCCGGCAACCGACGGCAAGAAUUGACGUUUGCUGCAUGAGAGAAAGGACCGGGGGUAAUGUCCGGGCAUUCGUGGAGGCAGCCGGCGUGGCAGACAAGUUCCCCGCCUUGAAGUGCGGCGAUCCAGACAUAGACAAGCUCGUCCUAUGUAAACGUGGGGGUUGCCUAUUUGUUCGUCCUGAACCAGCAAAAGGAGAGCAGGGCGCCUAGCAAACGCCGAGCAAAGCGAGGGCCGAAGUGGACGU